ACUCUUAUCGGACCAAUGGAUGUGAAUGCCCGGGCGGCUAAUCUUUGCUCCUACCGGGGUGCGCGAGAUGAUUCCCGGUGCCAAUGGGGGUGUAGAGGACGGCAAGACGGGAUGGGGUGCUCUGGGCAAACGGAGAGCGCCAGAAUUUGAGGUCGUUGAUGACGGCGAGGAGCUAAUUCAUUUCCGAGGGAAGGAGUUUAUUGCUCGCGAAGGCGAUGGGGUAUUCGUCGGGUGGGGCCUCGGGGUGGGUAGGGGAUUCCUUGAUGGAGAGAGUUCCGGUGGGGUCACGAGGAAAAUGUUGGGACAGGACGGCUCCAAUGGCGAAGUCGAGGGCGUCGGUGGUGAUGUAGAAAUGGCGAUUGGGGUCAACGAUUUUGAGGACGAGGGUGGUGGUGAUGAGUUGUUUGAUGGUAUCGAAGGCGUUUGGGCAGCGGUCGUUCCAAGUGAAGGGUUCAUCCUUGCGGGUGAGUUCGUGGAGGGGAUACGAGAUGUCGGAGUAGUUGUGGAUAAAGGGGCGGUAGUAGAUAGAGAGGACUUGGCGGGGAUGCUGAAGGUGGGACUCGAAGGUGGGGCUAUAGACGAGGAUAUCAUCGAGGUAGACGACGACACGGACUUCGAGGAGGUCGCGGAAGAUGUGAUUCAUUGUAGAUUGGAAUGUGGCGGGGGSGUUCGUGAGUCCGAAGGGCAUCACAAGGAAUUCGUAGUGCCCGAAUCAGGAACGGAAGGCGGUCUUGUGGGUAUCCUCCUCGCGGAUGCAGAUCUGGUGGAAGCCACUGCGGAGGUCAAUAUUGGUAUUGGCUCCACGGAGUCGAUCGAGAAGCUCAGAGAUCCGAGGCAAGGAUUCGGGGAAGGCGUCCUUGAAGUCGUCGAGGAUGGAGGUGAGGGCGGGGUCGGAGGGGGGGCUUGGUCGGGUUUGUCCGUUUGGGAGCAAGUCUUCGGGACGCUCGCGAUCAAUGACAAGGGAAUAGUAGGUGGAGUUUGGGUUCGUGCGAGCCAUGUGAAGGAAUUGGUGCGGGGUGACGGAGCUUGGGGAGGUGGGAUAGGGGAGAUAGGGAAUGUCGACGGUUGUGUCAGGGGGGUUGGUAAGGCGAAGGAAGUUGGGGUGGAAAACGUAUGGCAUGUAGCGGUCCAGCCACGGUGUUCCCAAAACGAUAUCGCACAUCAAGUGCAUGACAUCAAAUGAGACCUGACUGCAGAGGGUUUCGACAGUCAUGGUGGUCUCGAGAACCGUGCAGUCUACUACGACGACGGUGUCUUUGUUCUCUAAAUGAAUUGUAAUUGAGGAC